AUGACGAGCCCCUGGAAACUAGCUCCCCGUCCUAUUCCAGCACUUCCUGAGAUUCCUGGAAGGUUUGACGGAGUGGUCAAAUGUCAAGGCUCAAUCUCACAGGAUCAGUGGAAGGGUUUCAUUAAGGAUGACAGCCCCGUUCUUAUCCCAGCGGGUGAGGACGUCACUGUUGAUCUCGAAGUCAAUUCUUUGACAACCGGCUUUAUUGCCCUGCAAUGCAGUGGUGGUAAAGGUGCCGUGGCCACUCUCCAUUACGCUGAAUGCUACGAGAAGGAUCUCGGGGUGGAAACCGCGCCAUUCCCCAAGCCUCGAACCAAAUCCAACCGGGCCGACUCUGGCGGCCGGUUGUAUGGAAUCAAGGAUAUCUACACUGUGGCCGAUGGCCGGUCAGGGCACACGUUUGAACCGUUUUGGUUCAGAGUAUUUCGAUACGUCCAACUCCACAUCGCAGCCGGUGAGCAGCCACUGACUCUUCAGAGCUUCACCUUGCGUGAGACAUACUACCCGCUCGAUAUCUCUACUCGGGUCCAAGCGGGCACCGAGCUAGACAAGAUCUGGGAUAUUAGCCUGCGGACUUUGCAAAAUUGCCGGCAUGAAACCUAUGAGGACUGCCCAUUCUAUGAGCAGAGUCAAUUUGCAUCGGACUCACGGCUGCAAAUGCUCUUCUCCUAUCAACUUUCAUCUGAUGAUCGACUCGCUCGUAAGACUUUGCAGGAGUUUCACGCAAGCCAGGGCCCAGAUGGAUUGAUUAAAGCACAAUUUCCAGCUGGUUUCCGCAGCACUCAGAUUCCUCAGUUCUCUCUGUACUUUGUUGCUAUGGUGUACGACCAUAUGCAUUAUUUCGCUGAUAUUUCGGUCGUUCGUCAAUAUUUGAGCACAAUUGACGGUAUUUUGAACCAUUUUGAUGAGAGAAUCAAUGAGCUUGGUCUUGUUGGUCGCUUCGAUCAUGAUACCUGGCCAUUCAUUGACUGGGUGCCGGAGUGGGUUGUGCCUGGGAAGAUCUUCGAUUCAUGUAUGCCGCGGACCUAUGCGCGCACAGGAGCUGCCACCUUCAACAGUCUUCUAUACAUUGUGGCAUUAAUGCAAGCAGCUGAAGUGUGUACCUUCGCUGGCAGGAAAGAUACUGCCUCCGAGUACAUUGCACGCGCAGAUACCCUUCGGAGUGCUGUCAACCACCACUGCUAUGAAGAUGGGCUUUACUUGGACGGACCCUCAUCCAAAGAGUAUAGCCAACACAGCCAAGUCUUCGCCAUCCUAUCUGAAAGCAUAACAGGGGUUGCAGCCAAGGAGCUUAUGUCACGCACUUUGGAUGACACAUCGUUGUCACAGUGCUCAUACUCCAUGAAAUUCUAUCUCUUCCGCGCUGUCGAAAAAGUCUGUCUGUACACACAAUUGUUCCCCAUUCUCAUUGAUCCGUGGACACGCAUGAUCAAAGAUAAUCUUACCACAUGGGCUGAAUUCGAGCAAAACGCCCGAAGUGAUUGUCAUGGCUGGAGUGCGAGCCCCGUGCAUGAAAUCGUCACCCAGGUAUUUGGUGUGUCGCCAUCACUCCCAGGGUUCAAGAAGCUGCGGAUCGCACCUCGAAUGGAGCUUCUACAGAAUGCUUGGGGGAACUUCUCCACUCCAGCAGGGGAUGUCUCUAUAUCGUGGUCGAAGGAUAGCGGCCUGGAAGUCAAGUCUACUGCGGACGUUGAGGCUGAAGUUAUUAUCAACGGGUUUGUGUCGGCCCAACAGCUGAAGGGUGGCCAGGCAGUUACUUUCCCUCAAAGGAGAGGCUGA